CAGUUGUAGAUUUGAAAUUUCAUUGCCUUUACUCAUAGUGACGUAUUUAAUCAAAUACUAAAAUGGAGUCAGACACUCUCAAAUGUGCUCAAAAUGAUCUAUCAGAUGCAUACUUUCCUAACAUACCAGAGGAUAUCAUAUUCCCAGAUGAACUGAAUAGAUAUUUAAGAGAUCAGAUACGAUAUUACGUGCAAGAGAAUAGUAUGCUCAAGAAAAAUCUAGAAAAUUUGGAAUUGGAAUACAAUGAUUGUAAAUCACUGCUGCGUGAAAUGGAAAAGAAAUUGAAAAGGUGUACUGAGGUAGAGAAGUUUGUACCGACCAGCCAAGUUACAAGUAUAAAAAUAGUAGAGCUCAGUAAAAAACUGAGGGAAAAGUCCUGCGAGUUUGAAUCUCUAAAGACCGAAUAUUCUAAAUUAGAGUACGAGUUAUUCAAGCUUCAAAAUCAAGAUGAUAUUCCUGAAGUUCAACCUGUGCUAGAGCAGGUUGCUACACAUGAACUGGAAGAACAAAUAAAAAAAUUGCAAGAGAAACUUAACGCCACUCAAAGCAAACUAUCCGAAGCGAAUAAUAUGAAUUUGCAACUAAAAAAUGAUUUGAAGCUGGCAACUAAGUAUUUGCAACAAGAGAUAGGAGAUACUUUUGAAUCUCUACAUAUUUUUACGUCAAAUGCUGGUAAUUGGAGAGGCAGAGCUCAAGUUAUUCAUGACUUACAGCAGAAGAAUAGUGAUUUGAAAGAGAAGUUGAAAAACACGCAAGAAAAGUUUAGUACUGGUGGUACUGAAGGUAACAUUUCUUUAACCAAAAUGGAAAGUAAAAUUAGUAUGCUAUCGAAAGAAAACUCCGACUGGAAAUCGAAAUGUGAUGGUCUUAAAAGGAAAUAUGAGGCUUCUCAAGCUAGAAUAAAAUCAUUGGAAAGCGAUUGUGCAAUAUUGAGAACAAAAUAUUCAAUGUUGCACCAACAAACAGAUAGAGAUCAAGACAUCAUUUCUACAUUGUCUGCACAAAUAUCAAAUUCAAGGAAUAGCAGCGAAACAGUAGUAAACCAUAAAGACCGUACUAUUAAUAAACUACAGAAUGAAAAAGAGCAGCUGUUAAAAGAAAUAGAGCAAUACAAAUCCAUCAUAAGCAGUCUCAAGAAGGAAUUAGAUGGUGAAAAGCAUGAUAUAGAAGAUACUAAGGAAAUCAAUAAUGCAGCAACAGGAGAUGAUCAGGUAACGAAUAAAGUAUUAGAUCUAUUGAAAAAAGAAAAACAUCAACUCUUAGAACUAUUGGGAAAGCAAAAUGAACGAUUGCAUGCUGAGAGAGAAGCACAUGCCAAGACGCAAGCUUUACUUCGAUUGGAAAAGCAGAGAUUGUUAAAAACAGAAACUCUUGCAACGUUAGAAUCAAGGAGUAGUUCAUACAGCUUACAUUCAUAUACCAGACCUCUGGAUCAGAAUUUGAAGUAUCAACUUGAACUGGCUGAGGAAAAUAUAAAGGCAUUAAAGACAAGGCUAGAGAUGGAACAAUUCGAACGAAAGCAAGAUGUUGAAGAAUUUGCAAAAUUGCUCAAGCUGGACAAUAAAGAAUAAUAUAUAUUAUAAUAUUUAUUUUGAGUGAACAGAUCCACAGACUUGCGAAGUUAAUUUCACCAGACUAUAUUCUUUAAUCCGCCCGACGAUAUUGACUACCAUUGUUCGAUUUCAUUGAUUAAUAAACCUGCGAAGUUAAUUUCAUCAGAUUAAA